AUGGAGGAUGUUAUGGAGUAUAAUUUGGAAAUAAGAAAGGAGGGCUUAGAGUCUUCAACUUCUCCGGCUUCUGCAAGCUGUUGUGGCACUGCUGCUCCAGAUAUAGUAUCUGUUCAAGGGGUUCGUAAGAGGAUCACUGGUCCAAUCAAGCGAUCGGCAAAAGGAGGCUGGACAAAACGACAGGAUGAACUUUUGAUCUUUGCAGUCCAGAAGUACAAUGGCAAAAACUGGAAGAAGAUUGCUAAGUGUGUUCCUGAUAGAACAAAUAUCCAGUGCCUGCAUCGCUGGCAGAAAGUCCUUGAUCCAAAUCUUGUCAAGGGACCUUGGACAAAGGAGGAAGAUGAUCGCCUCAUUGAGCUAGUUACAAAACAAGGCAAAAAGAAGUGGGCUCAAUUAGCAAAACACCUACCCGGCCGCAUUGGCAAGCAGUGCAGAGAAAGGUGGUGCAACCAUUUAAAUCCAGACAUAAACAAAAGUGCAUGGACCAAAGAGGAGGAGAUGAUUCUCCUUAAGGAGCAUGGCUUACAUGGGAACAAAUGGGCUGAAAUAGCAAAGAGCCUCCAUGGAAGGACUGAGAACUCAAUAAAGAAUCAUUGGAACAGCUCGGUGAAGAAUAGAUUGAAUUUAUAUCGGCCUUGUGUUUCUAACUUAAGCAAUUAUCAAACAGAGACAGAAAAUAGAGAUUGUGAGGUGAAGCAAAAUCUAGACAUCACAUUCUCUAGUGACCAGGUAAACGAGCAAGUGGAAUCCAAGUGCGAUGAGAAGGAAACUUUUGGUAAUUUUAGCACUUUAGAAUCCGCACUGAGAAGUGCAGCGAGGAGUUUUAGAAAUACACCAUCUAUUAUCAGAAAACGAAGGCUUUGGACUUGA